GUGAUUUUGUGCUCACAUCCUCCAGGACAAAAAGCAGAGCAACCAGAAGUGGAGACCAAAUAUGGGAGAGCCCGAGGAUUCCAAUUCAAAGUAGACACAGCUGAGAGGAGUGUAAAUGUCUUUUUGGGACUUCCUUUUGCUAAACCUCCACUUGGAUCCCUGAGGUUUUCUGAGCCCCAGCCACCUGAGCCAUGGAAAGGUGUCAGAGAUGCCACUUCCUACCCACCAAUGUGUGUGCAGGAUCCAGUCCAAGGACAAUAUUUUUCAGACAUGAUUACUAAUAGAAAGGAGAAGGUUCCUCUUCAGGUGUCUGAAGAUUGCUUGUACCUAAAUGUGUACACCCCCGUUUCUGCAGGAGAACAGCAGAAGUUGCCUGUCUUUGUAUGGAUACAUGGAGGUGGAUUAGUUUCUGGAGCAGCUUCAACAUAUGAUGGUUCAGCAUUAGCAGCCUUUGAAAAUGUGGUGGUUGUAGCAAUUCAGUACAGAUUAGGUGUUCUUGGAUAUCUUAGGUAAGAUGUUUUAUCCCAUUUUUUGCCAGGUGA